AUGCCCACAAAUGAGGUGCCACUUUUUGAUCCAACCCUCAAGAUUGCGGUGGAUCAUAUAGAAGCGUUGUCUAUUGAUACUCUAUCUCGGAGACAUAUAUCUGGAAUGCCCGUUAUGUACUGGGAGCCAACCGCUACCAAUACGCUACAUAGAUACGCGUUUGUCUCCGAUGAUCAACUCCAGCUUGAGCUCCAUUUCAGCAAUCCACCUCAUUUGGUACACAGAAAACCUGUGUUGAUCUGCCUUAAAGGUGCCAGCAUAGAACUCCGACCGACAUUAAAACACCCUAAAGUACCCUUCAAGCUUAUAUUUUCCGAAGGUGUUAUAUUGCAAUUUAAUGGGCAGAUUAGAGACACUUUUCCAGCGGAACCGCCUCUUUUGCCACCUCUUCCUUCGUGGUUUGGGAGUCAAGCAUCACCAGCCAGUUCGCCUCCCCCUACUUCUCCAACACAUGCCUCCUCAUCACCCCAUAAACCCAGUUCGCCAACCGCCCCUUCCAAGCCCAACCCCUCUUCUAAACGGGGAGCCAGCCGUACGCCUUCAGAUACCUUGCCACAGAAACAACCACGAGCACCUGCUCCACCAAGGCAUUCUUACGCGCCCCCGCGACCAGAGAGUAGCCCAGUGGUUACGAGAGAAAGAAAUAUACAAGGCACUCAGGACAUAUCGACGUCGGAUAUCCGACAACAACCUGCUACUCAAACUAGCAGCAUUGGACAAGGAGAUAACGAAUCAGAAGCUCCUUCAGCAAGCAAUUCGAUGCAUAAGUCAAAAAAGAAGAGACGCAGAGGGAAAAGGAGCCUUGCCCCAGAAAAAAACCCGGCCCUUGACAUGACUGCGGGCUGUUAUUCUCCUCUGGGGGGAAAUUAUCUGCCAUUGGCUGACCUCCAGAACAAUGUGGGUGCAAAAGUUUCAGUCAUGGGUGUGGUUCGAGGAAUUUCAUUACCUCGACUUGCGAGGACUGGAGAUUGGUUCGUCUCAACUGAGUUGCUGGACCCAACCACAACCGAACAAACGGCAUUCAAAACAAAUAUGUUCUUGCCCGAAUCGAUGAAAGAUUGUAUUCCAAGCGUAAAGGCGGGGGAUAUAUUCAUGAUCCGGAAACUUACGAUUUGUCGAUACAACAACGUGGUAGUUGGCACUGGAUAUUCGGACUCGUUCCAGUGGGCUGGCUACUCUCCGUCAGAAAAAGUCCAUUUUCACAGCACGCGCCGAACAUUUUCAGAUGAAGAGCAUUGUCCCUUUUUUACUCCAGGCGAUGAGGAGCUUCAGUACGCUGCUCGCCUGGCAGAUUGGUGGUCAGCACUUCAAGAACUAGCCAAGUCCAAGCCGGACGGAGUCCCAACCUUGAUGUCGCAACCAAAGGGCAGGAGUUUGAUAACUUUAUCCGAGGCAAAGGCCGACGUGUUCUUUAACUGUGUUGUCGAGAUUCUCUACACGCUCCCACCAGGAGAUCAAUGCGCCGAGAUCUUCAUAACAGAUUAUACUAUUAACAAUCAGUUUUUCACUCGACGGCCGCCACAAACAGACGGUGCCCAUGACAAGACUAAAGUAUACGGCAAACGCGUCCUAAAAGUAGUUCUCUGGGGAGACACCCAAAUAACGCAUGCACGAGAAUUGGAAACCCCUGGAUAUUAUUUUAUCGAUAAUCUUCGCGUUAGAUUUGACUCUAAAGGAUUUCUGGAGGGCACGCUCCAAGACAAUAGGCGGAAAAUAGACAAGCUACGAAGCGACGAUCCCCUACUGCCGGCCUUGCUUCAGCGUAGACAGGAAUAUAUUGAUAAGCCUCCAUCUCAAGAGGGAGAGACAUCCCGGAGGGGUGCUGAUGGAAGAGACGCAAACCUUUAUUGUGCGGGAGAUCUACUCCCUCCUCCUCUACCGAUAAAGCGGACUGAACCGAAGCAACAAGGACCAGAAGUCACUCGCUUGAGGUUUUACAACAUCGUCCGAACUCCGAUUCAAAAAAUACUGGGGCACCCCAUAUGUCCCGACGUAUUUCGUAUCAAGGGACGAAUCGUUGCAUUUGAGCCAUAUAAGUUAGAGAACUUCUCCAUCCAACCUAACCCAGUCAACCAAAGUGUGCCUUCACAAUACAAUGGUUGCUUUGAAUGCACCGAUUUCGACCUGGAAUAUGUAGUGUAUGAAUACCGGUUCCAAAUGGUUGUAGAAGAGGAGAGCUCGGAAGCGACAGGAUACCGUGGCACAUUGAUAGUUGACGUAUCCGGAGAGGAGGCGGAACAUUUUCUUUCUGGCUUGCCUCCAGCCGAUUUCCAGGAUCGUAAGAACGUCACAAAGCUACGCCAGAGGAUGGCUCCCAUAUUGGGCAAUUUGGAAGUGUAUCAGCAAGAUUUGAUGACGGGCAAUAGUCUCAAAGCCAUCACCCGCGGUCGAUAUUUUGACAUGCUCAUCCAUAGCCAUCUCUCGGAGCACAAAAAUGAGGGCGCCCUUGAUAACAAACGCUACAGGUUAUGGGGAACGGAACUCACUCCAACCAGCGUUGUUCAUUAA